CUUCGAGUGCUCACAUUCGGGCAGAGCAGUGGCACAGCCAGUGGAUUUUUCCUUUUUUCUCCUUUUUGCUCGUCCACGCAGCUAUACGCAGAAACCUUUUUUUUUAAUCACACCUUCAUCAUCUGAAUCUCCUGUAAGAAGCUAAGCGCCGUUUCGGUUGAUUUGGAUGAACUUUUUGCAAGCAAAGGGAAAAAAAGAAAACAAGUCGACAGAAAUCCAGCUGUUUUCAUCUGUUUAAGUGGAGUCGCAGUUUCCUGCAGCAGCAGUGCGGUCCGCGCGCACAGGCUUCAGAACCAUGGACAGCAGCGUGGUGCACAUCUUCAAGGAGGACCGGUGUCCGCAGGAGGAGUGUGUCCCAAACUUCACCUGGCAACCGGGCUUACCGGACAUCUACAACUACACACCCAACGGCACAUGGGACGCGGAGCCCGAGCCCAUGUCGCCCCUAAUCCCGAUCAUAGUCGCCGUGUACACCGUGGUGUUCGUGGUGGGCUUGGUGGGCAACUGUUUGGUGAUGUAUGUCAUCAUUAGGUACACCAAAAUGAAAACCGCCACCAACAUCUACAUCUUCAACCUGGCCGUGGCUGACGCUCUGGUCACCACCACCAUGCCCUUCCAGAGCACCGACUACCUGCUCAGCUCCUGGCCGUUUGGUGAGGUGGCGUGCAAGGUCUUCAUCUCCAUCGAUUACUACAACAUGUUCACCAGCAUCUUCACCCUGACCAUGAUGAGUGUGGACCGCUACGUGGCCGUAUGCCACCCGAUCAAGGCUCUGGACAUCCGCACUCCCGUCAAAGCCAAGAUCAUCAACGUGAUCAUCUGGGUGCUGUCGUCGGCUGCCGGAAUCCCCGCCAUGAUACUCGGCAGCACCAAAACAAAUAAUGGGACUACCGAGUGUGCCCUGCAGUUCCCUGAGCCCUACAUCUACUGGGACACACUGAUGAAGAUCUGCGUCUUCAUCUUUGGCUUUGUGGCGCCUGUCAUCAUCAUCACUGUCUGCUACACACUGAUGGUCAUGCGUCUGAAGAGUGUGCGCCUCCUGUCGGGCUCACGUGAGAAGGACCGCAACCUGAGGCGGAUCACGCGUCUGGUGCUGGUGGUGGUGGCCGUCUUCGUGGUGUGCUGGACGCCCAUCCACAUCUUCAUCCUGGUCAAGGCGCUGUCGGCCAACGUGCCCGAGACCACCGCCGUCAUGGCUGCGUAUUUCUUCUGCGUGGCGCUGGGCUACACCAACAGCAGCCUCAACCCCAUCCUCUACGCCUUCCUGGAUGAGAACUUCAAGAGGUGCUUCAGAGACUUUUGCUGCCCCGGUGCACGGGGGCAUGGGGACUGCCAAGGGGUGAGCCGGGUGAGGAGCACACUGCGGGACCACACAUGUCCCGCUAAAGGUCCUGGAAGCGCGAGGCAGGCUAGGCCCGUAUGACUAGCCAUGAAAAUGUCCUCUACACGCUCUCAGGGCUGGGAGGACUCCAAUGACCUGGGUUUGACACAAAUCACCACUGCCAUCUAACAGAGGGCUAGUUUUUAUUUAUUCACCCAGAUGGUUGGCCAGAUAAUUCGAAGGCAGGUUUAAUUAAAUGCCCAGUGUGUAAGAAUUAGUGUCUUUUAAUGGUGAGAUUGCACUGUAAUGGAAACUGCACCCUUCCCGAAGUGCUGGAACUACAGUGACCUUAGCAAACCUGAAAGGACGUUGUCAUUUCUUGUUUGCGUAAGUUUAAACUUAAAAUUUUCACUUGCAUACUUUGGCUAAAACACAAUAGAUCAUCAGUUUUCUCUGAAGUCAAUCGGGAAGUAAGAAUAUACUGACUAGCCACCAGGGGGCUGCAAACAGAACUCCGUUUGAAUUGAAGUCUAUGGGGAAAUGAGCUGACCUACCACUUUAUAACAUCUGUCCCUUGUUGGUAACAUCAAAUGGGAGCCUGUUUCCAGGUGAUGUGUGGUUUUCAGUUUUAGCAAAUUAUCAGCACAUUACUGGCCAAAUUACAAAUCUCAAUGGGAGUUCAGACUCUUAUGAGUGAAGUCAGAAUGAGUUGUGCAUUAGAAACACUACAGCCUCCAUAAAGCAAGGCCCUCCUUAAAUUCAUAUCAAGUAAAAUGCUUAUUUUAGAGCCACAAAAAUCUAAUUAUUUAACUUGUUAGGUAAUUAUACACUUUUUAGGUUGUAUAUCUAAUUUCUGCCUAUAAACUAAAAGUUACAUGCUGGACCUUAAAAGAGAAAACGAGUGAAAAUCUAUAUUUAUGUUAUCAUUAUUUAUUCAUUAUAUAUCUUUGAAAGACCAAAACUACCAAUAUCAUGUGUGAAUUCAAAGACUGGCAUCAGUUAUUCCUCCACUGUCAUAAAAAAAAAAACACAACAGCACAAAAGUGAGCGACACUGUUACCUUUAAUCCUGCUAUAAAUUAUCACCGCAACCACCAAACGUGUAUGAAGAUCGAAUAUGAAAUGGGAACCAUUCGCUUCUUUACAUUUGCCUAAAGAAAAGAAAAUCAUUCAGCCUUCGAACAACAAAAAGCUCUACACGUGGUAUAAAUGUGAAAGGGAAAGUAUUUGGAGGAUGAGUUGUUUGAUUUUGGCCUGUACAAGAUACUGACACAGGUGUUCAUGUAUUCAUUAAUUCAUUCAUUCGUGGCUUCUAAAUAAUCGUCAAUGUGAUUUAUUAAAAAGCUCAUGCCAAUAAAUUAAAGUAAUCUGAAGUAAAGAGUUCUCACAUGCAUACAUCAUUUUUUUUUAUUCAUUAUUAUUUAAGGAACAACCUGUAACAUGAGUGUUGGUUACUGUGUUUUAUGUAAAUUGUAGGUAGGUGUACAG